UGGAUUCAGUCCGUGUCUUUCUUGUUUACUUCCGGGCACAUGCUAGAAUUUGUUUUGACCCGUCAAAUUUUGUUCGAGAAAAUUCAAUAAGAAGAACAAGAAGAAUUCGUUACAGAAAUCCACAAGAUUGUGAAACAUGGUGAAGUUACAUAUCAAAAAAGCUGAUGAGAGUCAGUUCUUGUAUGAGACCACAGUUGAGAUGCCUGUUGAUGACUUACUGAAAGAUUUGACAGCCAUUCACAACGGUCGACUUAAGGUCCAGCGAAUCUGUGCAGAAAUUGAGGAGUUGGCUAAGCAUGGUAUAACCCUUCCACCAAACAUGAUGGGCCUGACAGAUGAUCAGAUAGUGGAUCUCAAACUGAAGGAUGAGUGGGCUGACAAAUGUGUACCCAGUGGAGGGCCUAAGAUGAACAAGGAUCCGAUUGGCCGACGGAAUGGAAUGGCUCCAGACGACAAGAUGGCUGAAGUUUUGACAAAAACAGUAAAGGAGGCAAAAGACAUGAUCAGCAAGAAAAAAGUACAAAUGGAUCAAUUUGUGACCCAGGCUACAGUGAAGGAGGCCUUGGAUAUCCUUCGUGGAGCAGUAAUGAUUGUUUACCCCAUGAACCUGCCCCCACACGACAACAUACACAUGGAGUUUGAAAACACAGAGGAUUUAGAAGGAACACAGGCUUCUACUGAAGUGCUACCUGAAGCCAAUACAUCAAUAUGGUUCUCUGGCAAGGAGAUGUUGAGGGGGAAACUUUUGAAGGAUUUUGUUGGUAAAAAUGAGAAAACAAAGAUCAUAGCCAAGCUUCAAAAGCGCGGCCUUGGCGUACCCCAGAGAGAACAGGUUGUAAAUGAUGAGGAGCAGAAGAAAAUGAUGGCUUAUUACUACAAAAAACAGGAGGAGUACAAGAAAUUACAAUCAGAAGCUGACGAUGCUUACAUGGAUCAGGAGUGGGCAGACAAUGGGGCAUUGAAGCGGAACUUAAAUGGACUCCGCGAUAUCAAAUGGGGCGGUCCUCGGUGAUCAAUAUCACAAUGUUCGUCCAAAUCUUUAAAUUGAACAAAACUUAUUUAUUUAAAGACCUAAUGAUCUAUGUUUCAUGAAUAGAAAAUGAAUGAAAAAAUCUUCUAUGUUUAAGAGUUCAAAUUACUUUAUAUUGACAAAGUUUUUUGGAAAAAAGUAGAUUUGUCCACGGAAAAAGAAAGAAUGGAUUGAAAGUUGUAUUGUUUGAAGAAUCCAUGUGGUUCAAUUCAAAAGUAGAAAGAACAUUUUUUGAUAUUGAAAAAGGUUGCUUGAAUGAUAAUGGACUUGUUAACAGAAAUAAAGACAGAUCAGACUGAAGAAAAAGACCUUAAUAAAUGGAAAGGAUAUAUUUAUAAUUCUCUCUCUGUGAUGGUGUACAAUCUGCACAUUAUGACGAGUACCCGGGUAUUCUUUUUGAGAAUAAAUGGUGUCCCAGAAAUGCCAGAUGUUUUUGUGACAAUGAUGCCAUUGUCUCCAGUCAGUAUUUCAGUGAAUGGGGAGUUAUUUUUGUGUGUAAUUGUUGUUACUGUUUAUGUUAACCAUACUCGCACAUCAAAACUGCUGUGUUCUAAAAUUGUAGAUGUGUAUCUUCCAUUACAUAUUUUACUGUGUACAUAUUUAUUAUGCAAGUUUCUGUCGUUGUACCUUGAUGUACUUUGUCAGUAUAUAUUAAUGUAUAUGUACUUUGUCAGUAUAUAUUGAGGUGUAUGUACCGUCAUGUCAGUAUAUAUUGAGGUGUAUGUACUUUGUCAGUAUAUAUUGAGGUGUAUGUACCUUGUCAGUAUAUAUUGAGGUGUAUGUACCUUGUCAGUAUAUAUUGAGGUGUAUGUACCGUCAGUAUAUAUUGAGGUGUAUGUACCUUGUCAGUAUAUAUUGAGGUGUAUGUACCUUGUCAGUAUAUAUUGAGGUGUAUGUACUUUGUCAGUAUAUAUUGAGGUGUAUGUACCUUGUCAGUAUAUAUUGAGGUGUAUGUACCUUGUCAGUAUAUAUUGAGGUGUAUGUACUUUGUCAGUAUAUAUUGAGGUGUAUGUACCGUCAGUAUAUAUUGAGGUGUAUGUACCGUCAGUAUAUAUUGAGGUGUAUAUACCGUCAUGUCAGUAUAUAUUGAUGUAUAUGUACUUUGUCAGUAUGUAUUGAGGUGUAUGUACCGUCAGUAUAUAUUGAGGUGUAUGUACCGUCAUGUCAGUAUAUAUUGAUGUAUAUGUACUUUGUCAGUAUAAAUUGAUGUGUAUGUACCGUCAGUAUAUAUUGAGGUGUAUGUACCUUGUCAGUAUAUAUUGAGGUGUAUGUACCUUGUCAGUAUAUAUUGAUGUGUAUGUACCGUCAGUAUAUAUUGAGGUGUAUGUACCUUGUCAGUAUAUAUUGAGGUGUAUGUACCUUGUCAGUAUAUAUUGAUGUGUAUGUACCGUCAGUAUAUAUUGAGGUGUAUGUACCGUCAGUAUAUAUUGAGGUGUAUGUACCUUGUCAGUAUAUAUUGAGGUGUAUGUACCGUCAGUAUAUAUCGAGGUGUAUGUACCGUCAGUAUAAAUUGAUGUGUAUGUACCUUGUCAGUAUAUAUUGAGGUGUAUGUACCGACAUUAAACUGUUGAAAUGUUGGGAUAAUUAGUCAAUAUCGUUAUACAAAUGUAAUAACAUAAACAUUCCGUCCAGUAUAAGUCAUAUCCCUAGGUAUGUUCCACCUUUUUUUUAAACUUGUACUAUAUAAAGUGAAUGCAUUGUGAAUCAAUUUGGUGUAUAACAUUCCUGUGUUGAAUGUUAGUAUUCAGCUAUAUGCAUUUUUUCAUGGUUCCAUGUAGUAAUUCAUACAUUUAUCAUUUCCAUUGUAAUCAUAUUCAUUUUCAAUCAGGUAUGAAAUAUAUUGCUGGAUGUAGGUAUGGAUGCAAAUUAUUAAAUAUUUUAAAACUAA